AUGAAACAUCAAGUGCUUCGCAUCAUCUCUUUUCUAUGGGAUUAUUUCAUAAUUUAAUGCUGCAAGAAUAUAUGACAAGAAAUGAGUUGCGCUGUUUAAGAUGAGAAGGGUUCUGAUAUUUAAAUGAACACUAGUUGAUAUCAGAACUGCUGUUUUAGUUGAGCUUUGAGACGCCUACGUUGCUGACACAACAAAGUAAAAAUGGAAUUAACACAAACUUUUAAAAAAUUACAAACAAUAAUUUACAUACUUUUUGUAAGUUUAGCAAGACAAUGCGAAUCAAAGAAAACAAUUCACAUCGGAGGUAUUUGUAUAAUGUCAAACCACUGGUGGUUUCACGCUAAGACGUUCCCCUAUGUUAUCCAGAGCGCGUUUGAGGACAUAAACAACGCAACAUGGAUUCUGCCCAACUAUGAUCUUCAGCUACAUAUGAAGGACAGUCAGGGUAGUCCAGGUCUUGGUAUAAAGGCGCUGUAUGAGUUUGUCCACGAACCACCGGUGAAGACAAUGCUUAUCGGUCCAGCCAAGUCUGAGAUAGCAGUGGCAGUGAGCCAAGCGGCUCCCGUGUGGAACCUCGUUUCUCUGUUAUACUCUGCCAAAGCGACCACUCUAAACAAUAGAAAACAGUUCCCAAACAUAUACAGGAUGAACUUCAAUGAACGAUCGUUUAACCCAGUUAGGGUAGCAAUCAUGAAGGAGUUUGGUUGGGCACGUGUUGCAACUCUUACAAUUCAAGAAGAGCCGUAUGUUUCACAAAUGGAUGACUUUCACAAUCAGCUUGCUGCAGAAGGAAUGACACUCGUCUCCGCAGGUGUCCUAACCGCUAGCGACGAUGACUAUAUUGCUGGACAAGUGAAAACGUUAAAGCAAUAUGAUGCCAGAAUUAUUGUUGCAAACAUUAAUGACCUUUACGUCCGACAAGUAUUCUGUGAGGCCUACAAAAUAGGAAUCACCGGCGAUAAAUACGUUUGGAUGUUAAUGAAUUGGGCUGCCACACCUGGAUGGCCCGUCAAAACGCAACCAAUUUACGGCGUUGCGCCUAACAGCUCAUGUUCAGUAGAAGAACUCUAUACUGCAGCGGAGGGAUAUAUUGGAAUGGAGCAGAAAUAUCUCUCAGAGAGUAGUGAAAAAACAAUUUCUGGCAUGACACCUAGUGAAAUCAACGAUAGGGCAUGGUCGAGGUAUUCCAAAUAUAUAGAUGACGGGGAGCUAUCUUUAAGUCACACGUAUGCCUACGAUUCGGGAUGGGCAAUAGCACUGGCUCUUCAGGCGGCAAUCCCUAAACUUGCUAUGAUAAACAAAACCCUAGAAGACUUCUCAUAUGAUGAUUCCACUAUGGCCGAUAUUUUCAAAGAGUGCUUGGAAGACCUUUCAUAUUUCGGAUCGUCGGGCCCUGUGGCGUUUGAUAGCUCCGGAACUCGUGUUGGUAUCACUUACCUGUACAGGUGGGCGAAUAGAUCCAAUCGUGAGAUCGGUUAUUUUGAUGGCCAAACAAACCUACUAAAUUGGUACUCCCCCUUGAAAUGGAAGGGUGGAUCCCCUCCUCUUGAUAGUUUCAUUCGUAAAGAUGUUGAACUGAUGCUACCCGUCGGUGUUGCAAUUUCAUUUAUCACGCUUGCAAUACUGGGUCUCGGAUUUGCUGUCUGUCUUCUGAUCUUCAAUAUUCGAAACAGGAAAAUGCAGAUGAUUAAAAUGUCCUCACCAAAUCUGAACAAUAUGUUAUUGGUUGGAGCCAUGGCGAUAUACGGAGCUGUGGUUGUAGGAGCAUUCGACGUGAGAUUAGUACCACUGGAUGGGAUAACCGUGCUUUGUAACGCUCAAACAUGGAUUGUGACGAUCGCUUUUACUUUGGCCUUCGGUUGCAUGUUCACCAAAACCUGGAGGGUACAUGUACUUUUCACAAACCAGAAAUUGGAAAAGAAGGUUGUAAAGGAUAGCCAAUUGUUCGGUAUGGUUGGUGUGUUGAUUCUCGUCGAUGUGCUGAUCCUCACAACGUGGACUAUCGUUGAUCCAUUGAAGGCAUCGAGCUUUAUCAUGGAUGAAGAGCUCGAUGAGACGAAUGAUGAUUUGAUCAUAAUUCCCCACUAUACAGAGUGUCAAUCUAAGCAUUCACUCUGGUGGUUGCUCACCCUGUAUUGCUAUAAAGGGCUCCUCCUUAUUAUUGGCUCGCUCUUGGCCUGGGAAACGAGGAAAGUUACCAUACCUGGUCUGAAUGACUCAAAGAUUAUAGGUAUGUGUGUGUACAACAUUACAGUGCUCAGUGCAUUCUCAGUUCCCAUCACACACUUGCUCACAGAUGCUCAGUUCCUUACAAGGUUCUGUCUCAUCUCUUCACUCAUGAUUGUUUGCACAACAACAACCCUUCUCAUUCUUUUUGUUCCAAAGGUAAUGAUGAGGUCACAGAAUGUAAAAGUUGGUAACUUCUCCCUGGGUGGGGGAACAUCUGCCAAUCACACCAAACCUACAGGUUCAGCUUUGGGUAACGGUAGCAGAAUGAACCUCAAGGUCCCAAAGGUCCCCAAGAUGGACAAUGACCUCCAGCUGGCUGAUGUGACCUCCAUGGGACCAAAUGGCUUAACUGACGAGGUAUCCACGCCAAAAUCUACAAGGAUGACGAACAUUGGUUCAGUUACUACUUGA